UAGGAGGAAGAUGACUCAUGAUGAGUUCUUCAUGGAGACUCAUAUCCGGAAGAAGAAGGCACCGACAGAUCCAUCUAGAUGGGUCGAGGACCGAGUGAAGAUUGCAUAUGGUCGUUACAAGACUAAUGUGGAGGAGUACACUCAGAGCUUGCCACUCAAUGAACAAGGCGAGCGACUACCCAUUUCAGACGAAGAAGCACAGAAGAUAUGGUUGGAUGUUGUAGGUGGUCCUAAAAAGGGGAUAACAUACGGCCUUCCAGAGAGAUCAUUUCGGCACUACAAGGCUGGAUUGCAAGGUAUAGGGACUUCCGCCCAGGGCGAGGCAAUUGAUAGGUCGACUCUCUCGUCUAUGAAGAAGAAGAUCGCAAAGCUGACAACGGAGUUUGAAGAGACAAAGACUAGAGAACAAAAGAGAGAUAAACAAUUAGAUACCCUUCAAGUUCAGCUAGAAAAGAGGGACCAACAAUUUAAUAUCCUUCAAGGUCAGCUAGCCAAUCUUUUUGCUAGUGAUGCUUUCCCGAUUCCCUGGUCUCGUCAGCCUUCCCCAGAUGGUAAUACUUCGAACCAUGCCGACGAUGAAUGCUAUAGUAGUGGAGAUGAAGAUGAUGUAGUAUAAAACACUCAUUGAAUGAUG